AUGGAGAGUCCAAGGGUAUUGGAGCCCUUCCAGCCAUCAGAGCCCGACACGUGGGAAGACUACGUCGAACGCUUCGAGUUCUUCGCAGAGGCUCAAGGGAUCACCGAUGCCAGCAAAAGAAGGGCCACAUUCCUGAGCUACUGUGGGCCUGAGACCUUCAAGCUGGCCAAGGCAUUGCUUGCUCCAGCGAAGCUAAGUGAGACAUCUCUCAAAGAUAUUCUUGCCUGCCUAACAAGCCACUUGGCGCCUACUGAGACCAAGAUGGCUCGGCGGAUGGAGUUUCAUAAGAGGCAGCAGCAUGCUGGGGAGUCUGUAUCUGCAUUUCUGGCUGAACUGCGGAAGCUCGCUCAGCACUGCGACUUCCAAAAUCUGGAAGAGACUCUCCUGGAUCGGUUUAUCGGUGGUCUGAGCAGCAAGAAGGCCAGAAGACGCAUCGUGGCUAAAGAAGAGGUUACCCUUGCUUCAGCCUUGAAGGAGGCCACCGCCACGGAGAAUUAUGAAAGAGAGGAGCUUGAUGCCAGUCGCAAGGCCCCUAAGCCACAGAUAGAAGUUGCGCAUGCCAUGGACGAGCUAGAGGCUACUCCGAGCCAGAGCCCAGUCCGUGGGGUCGAGUCAGUGAGUCAGGCCUGCACAGUGCACAAAGAUCACCGAGGCAGGUGCCCAGGUUGUGGCGGAAACCAUGAGCGGAAGAGUUGUCGUUUCCGGGAUGCUAUGUGCCGGACGUGCGGGAAGACAGGUCACAUCGCCAGGGUCUGUAGAUCGGCGGCGUUGGGAGCGACAGGAGCACCUAGACCGGAGCAUCGCAGACCGCCCGCAGCAACCCAUUUUCUAAAGGACUGCCACUACGUUACGGAGAUCAACGGGAGGGUCGUGCAGUUCCCAGCACAAGGCAAGGCACACGUCAAGGUGAAGAUUGAGGGUCAGCAGUGCGACAUGGAGGUGGACUCCGGAUCUGGAUUCACUAUCGUGUCGGACCAGACCGCGAGGACAUUCUUCCCCAGGGGUAAGUUGCCCCCUCUGGAACCCUUCCCGGCAACCUUGCAGUCAUACUCAGCGGGCCGCAUCCAUGUUAUGGGAAUGUGUGCCGUGAGAGUACAGUUCCGGGACAAACAGGCUGUACUCAAACUGGUGAUUGCGAAGGGCAGUCGCCCCAGUCUCCUGGGCACUGACUGGUUCCCCGCCCUGGGACUGAGUAUAUCAGGGCUUAAUUCAAUCCAAACCUGCCCUGAGAUGAGCGAGGCAUUAUGCAAAGAAUUUGCUGGUCUCUUUAAUGGAAAACUGGGUUGUUAUAAAGGGCCCCCAGUUGACUUCGAGUUGGACCCUGGGGUGGCCCCAAUCCGACUCAAACCAAGGCGAGUGCCAUUUGCACUGCAACCCAAGAUCGAAGCAGAGCUGGAUAAAUUGGUCAAGCAGGGAGUUCUCUCACCCGUGGACUCUGCUAAGUGGGAGACUCCAAUCGUCACGCCCCUUAAAGCAAAUGGGGAAGUCAGGAUCUGUGCAGAUUACAAAUGUACUAUCAAUAAGGCACUCAGGGAAACUCAUACCCCAUUCCAGUCGUAUCACAUCUGUUGGCUAAACUGGCUGGGGGCAAGGUGUUCGCCAAAAUUGACCUGGCACAAGCUUACCAACAGCUGCCAGUAACCCCACAAUCAGCGGAAGCACAGACUAUUGUCACACAUAAAGGGGCGUUCAGAGUUAACAGAUUACAAUUUGGAGUUUGUGUGGCCCCAGGGAUUUUUCAAGGGCUCAUGGAACACCUGUUAAGAGGUCUGCCGGGGGUCUUGCCAUUCUUGAUGACGUUUUGAUUGCUGGAAAAGACCCACAGGAACUGGUUGCGCGUGUUCGUGCAGUGUUGCUCAAGUUCAAGGAGGUGGGGUUGCAACUGAAAAAGGAAAAAUGCAGUUUUGGGGUGCCAACUGUGGAUUUCUUGGGGUUUAAAAUUGAUGCAUCAGGCAUCCACCCCACAGAUGCUAAGAUUAAGGCCAUCAUCGAGGCGCCACGACCACAGAACAAGACGGAGUUGCAGUCAUUCCUGGGACUUAUUAACUUUUAUCAUUCGUUCUUACCCCAGAAAGCUUUGGUAGCUGAACCAUUACAUAGACUGUUGCAGAAACAGACUGUGUGGCGAUGGGGGCAGGGGCAGCAGAAGGCUUUUGACUCCUUGCGAGGAAUGCUGAGUAGCAGGAGUGUCCUUGCUCAUUAUGACGAGUCAAAGCCUCUGGUCCUGGCAUGUGAUGCCUCUCAAUACGGCCUGGGGCGGUGCUAAGUCAUAUGGAACCGGAUGGGUCGGAAAAGCCCAUCUCAUUCUAUUCCCGUACGUUGUCGCCCCCGGAGCGCAACGAUGCUCAAAUUGACAAAGAGUCUCGUGCAAGUGUGGCAGGAAUCUAAAAGUUCCAUGAUUAUGUGUACGGUCGCCAUUUCUACAUUGAAACGGACCACAAGCCACUGUUAGGGUUGUUCAACCCGAACAAACAAACGCCACAAAUUCUCUCCCCCAGAAUGUUACGUUGGUCUAUAUUCCUGAACGGGUUCCAGUACACCUUGACCCAUGUGCCGGGGAAACGGUUGUGCCACGCGGAUGCGCUGAGUCGAUUGCCCCUUCCUGGCGGGAGCACUGAGGAUCCUGCUCCAGCGGAGCACAUAAUGAUGCUGGAAACACUUCCGGGGGCUCCUGUAACGGCUACUGAUAUAGCUGAGAAAACGAGGAAAGAUGCUGUUCUCUCCCGUGUGCUCACUUGGGUGGGGAGGGGGUGGCCAGGUGGUCCGCAUGAAGACAAAUUCAGGCCUUAUGCGACUAGGCAGCACGAGUUGUCCAUGCAUAAGGGUUGUCUCCUGUGGGGAGAUAGGGUCAUCAUCCCAGCACCACUGAGAAACAGGGUUCUUGAGACGCUUCACAUGGGACACCCGGGAAUGGUCAGGAUGAAGUCGCUAGCCCGAUGUUAUGUGUGGUGGCCUGGAAUGGACCAGAACAUAGAACAAUGGGUACGAACAUGCAAGGCAUGCCAAGAGGUGCGGCCAGAAGUGGCCAGAGCACCAGUCCACUGGUGGGAGCAGUCCAGAUCUCCCUGGAGCCGGCUGCACUUAGAUUUUGCUGGGCCAUUCCAAGGAAAGGUCUUUUUGGUUAUCGUUGAUGCAUAUUCCAAAUGGUUAGAAGUGGCGAUGGUCCCUAGCAUGGCAUCAGCUGCCGUCAUCAAGGUGUUGAGGCAGCUGUUUGCAACCCACGGGUUACCUGAGACCAUUGUAUCAGAUAAUGGGGCAGCUUUUGUAUCCCAAGAAUUCAGGGCAUUCUUGGCUGAUAACUUCAUAAGAGGGGUCACAUCCGCGCCCUUUCACCCAUCCUCCAAUGGGCAGGCUGAGCGCAUGGUAAGAACAGCCAAAGAAUCCAUUGCGCGCUUAAUGGAGGGUAACUGGUCAGCUCGCAUCGCGCGAAUGUUAUUUUUGCAGCAUGCGACGCCGUGUACCGCAACGGGCAAGUCGCCAGCUGAGCUGCUCUUGGGUAGGAGACUGGUAACGGUGCUGGAUUAUGUCCACCCGGAUAAAAUGCCAAACCAUAAUUCAAGAGCAACCCCCCAGGCUGAGACUGACACAACAAGGUAUCUCGCCCCUGAAGAUCUGGUCUGGGUGAGGAACUAUUCACGAGGUUCGCGGUGGGUGGCUGGUGUGGUCACCCGGGCUAGUGGACCUGUGUCCUAUUAUGUGACCUUGGAAAAUGGGCAAGUGUGGAAGAGACAUAUAGAUCAGCUGAGGCGCCGGGCGCUCAGCAGGGAGGAGCCAGAUAAUUCAUCCCUGGCUAACGACGCAGAGCUGCAAGACCAGAGUGAAAAUGGCCCAGAGGUGCAAUCACCAGGGGCUUUAACAAAUGAACCAGGGUCUGCUAGUCCUCACGAUGACGAGGUACAGAUAGGGGACCCUGAGAUGUCGGGGACUCCAUCUGUUCCUGACGAAACCCCUAGAGCAGCCCCUCUACCACAGGUAACACCCAAUCCAGAACCUGCAACACCUGUUGUCAGGAGAUCAAGUAGAAGUUGUAGGCCCCACAGUACCUGAGAGAUUACGUCUGCUGUGCUCACUAGGGGGGAAGGGGUGUUGUGUAUUGAGUCAAAGGAUUUUAUAUCUGUAUUAUUAUUGUCUGUAUUUGCAUUAGGGUAAAGUAACUGCCUUUUGGUUCCAGAGGGUACAGCUACUAUUGGUUCAUUUAAGCUGCUGUAUUUGGAUCCUCUGUCUUAUUGGUUCCCUCCAAAAGGCAGGACUGUGAUUGCCUGAUAUUGUUCCCUCCAAAAUGUAUCCUUUCUUGCUAGUUCCCUGUCCCUAUAAAUGUAGCUUUCCUCUCCCCAGUCUUCAGUCUUGUUGCUUUAAUAAAGAAGUGUUACUAGAGAACUGUCUCCAGCAUGUUAUAUCAGGAGAGCUGAAAUCACAAACCCCACGUCACAACAGAAGCCAAUUUUCUUGUCCAAUUUAAAUGCCUCCAUUAUCUGAAAAUAAUGAAGCCAGUCUUGCACUUUGUUUUUUAGUUUUUCAAAACUCUGCAAUUUCAGUCUAUCGCCAUCUUGUUGCAAAAUUUCCCAAUAUUUCGGCCAUUUGACCUCCAUAUUGAGCUUUUUCAAGGCUUUCGCUUCCAUUGGUGACAGCCACCUUGGGGUUUUGUUUUCUAAUAAAUCCUUGUAUCUUAUCCAUACAUUAAACAACGCUUUCCUGACAAUAUGGUUUUUAAAUGCUUUAUGUGCUUUGACCUUAUCAUACCAUAGAUAUGCAUGCCAUCCAAAUACAUUGUUAAAACCUUCUAGGUCCAAAAUGUCAGUGUUUUCAAGAAGUAGCCAUUCUUUCAACCAGCAAAAAGCUGCUGAUUCAUAGUAAAGUUUGAGGUCUGGCAGGGCAAAUCCACCUCUUUCCUUUGCAUCUGUUAGUAUUUUAAAUUUUAUUCUGGGCUUCUUGCCCUGCCAGACGAAUCUAGAAAUGUCUUUCUGCCACCUCUUGAAACAGUCCAUUUUGUCCACAAUUUGCAAAGUUUGAAACAAGAACAACAUUCUAGGCAAUACAUUCAUUUUUAUCGCAGCAAUACGGCCCAGCAGUGAAAGCUUCAAAUUUGACCAAAUUUCUAAAUCUUUUUUCACUUCCACCCAACAUUUUUCAUAGUUAUCUUUAAAUAGGUUCCCAUUUUUUUGCAAAAAAUUCACACUCAUUACUUCUAAUGGCGAUAACCAGUGUGGUGUUUUUUGUUCCAAUAGGUUUUUAUACCUAUCCCAUAUUUCUAUUAGAGAUCUUCGAAAUAUUUGUUUUCCAAAUCCUCUAUGGACUUUUGCUUUAUUAUACCAUAGAUAUGCGUGCCAACCAAAUCUAUUAUCAUAACCUUCUAAGUCUAACAAAUCUGUAUCUUCUAAUACCAUUCAUUCCUUUAACCAACAGACAAGAUGCUUCAUAAUACAAUUUCAAAUCUGGCAGGGCGAAGCCUCCUCUUUCUUUAGCAUCUGUUAAUAACUUAUACUGUAUUCUCGGCUUCUUCCCCUGCCAGAUAUAUCUUGAAAAUGUUUUUUGCCAUUCUUUAAAAAUUGUAGCCCCUUUGAUUAUUGGAAUUGACUGAAACAAAAAUAACAUCUUUGGUAGCACAUUCAUUUUCAUAGCAGAAAUCCUUCCCCAAAAUGACAAUUUCACCCUUCCCCAUAUUUCCAGAUCUCUUUUAAUUCCAUUCCAGACCGGUAUAUAAUUAUUAUGGGAAAGGUCAAUGUUUUUAGUAGUUAACCAAAUUCCUAAAUAUUUAACUUUUUUGACCGCUUCUAUACCAAUUUGUUGCUGCAACACUUCCACCAGGUCCUGCUUCAUAUUUUUAACAAUCAUUUUAGUUUUCUUUUUGUUCAAUUUAAAACCUGCCACUUGCCCAAACUGUUCUAUCUCUUCUAACACUUCUUUAGCACUUGUAGCUGGAUUUUCUAAUGUUAGUACUAAGUCAUCGGCAAAGGCUUUCACUUUAUACUCAUUCCGACCGACUGAAAUUCCCGCCAUGCCUCCCGCUGCCGCCAUGCCGCUACCGCACGAUCCCUGUUCUCAUCCUGAAGCAAAGUUCUUAACCCGAGGUACUAUUUCUGGGUUAGCGGAGUCUGUAACCUGAACCGUAUGUAACCUGAAGUGUAUGUAACCUGAGGUACUACUGUAAAAGCCAAGCAAUAAGUCAGUUAAUUGUUGCUGAGUCUCAGCUUCAGGAUCUGUCCUUCGAGUGAGCACUCAGAGCUGAUUACCUUAAGAAUGGAUAGGUUUCCUUAAGAAUGUCAGUUAAUACCAGCCAACAAAGGCAGUGAAAACUAUAGUAAGGCCUCACAUCUAACUUUCUUCAGUUCUUCCUCUAUCACAAGGAUUCAUUAACAUUGUUCAAUAAUCUGGAGCUCCAUUUCGUCCUGAGGCUCUAAUUAGCUUCUCUCUUCAUUGCAGAUGGUGAUGAAUUGGAAGGGAAGAACCAGGAGGACCAGAACAGAAUCCACAUAGUGGAGAAGUCAUAUAAAUAUUCAGAGUGUGGAGAGAACAUCCGCCAAAGCUCCCAGACCACCUCCCAUCAAAGAAAAUGCUUCGUACGGAGGGAUAGCCUCACUUCACACAAAAGAACAAAGAGUAGGGAGAAAUUGUAUCAGUGCUUGGAAUGUGGAAAGAGCUUCAGUCACAGUCACCAUCUCACUUCCCAUCAACGAAUUCAUAUAAAGGAGAAACCUUAUCAGUGCUUAGAGUGCGGAAAGAGCUUCAAUCAGAAGGAUAGUCUCAUUUCCCAUCAAAGAAUUCAUACAGGAGAGAAACCCUAUCAGUGCUUGGAGUGUGGGAAGAGCUUCAGUAGGAAAAAUCAUCUCACUUCACAUCAAACAAUUCAUACAAACGAGAAACUCCAUCAGUGCUUGGAGUGUGGAAAGAGCUUCAGUCAGAGGGUGAAUCUCGUUUCCCAUCACAAAAUUCAUACAGGGGAGAAACCAUAUCAGUGCUUGGAAUGUGGGAAGAGCUUCAGUAAAAGGGCACAUCUCACUUCCCAUCAAAGAAUUCCUACAGGGAGAAACCCUAUCUGUGCUUGGAAUGUGGAAAGAGCUUCAGUUACAGCCACCAUCUGACUUCCCAUCAAAAAAUUCAUACAGGGGAGAAACCCUAUCAGUGCUUGGAAUGUGGAAAUAGCUUCAGCCGGAAGGAUCAUCUCAUUUCCCAUCAAAGAAUUCAUACAAAGGAGAAACCAUAUCAAUGCCUGGAAUGUGGAAAGAGCUUCAGACUCAGGCACAGUCUCACUUCCCAUCAAAGAGUUCAUACAGGGAGAAACCCUAUCAGUGCUUUGAAUGUGGAAAGAGCUUCAGUCAGAGCUCCAAUCUCUCUUCGCAUCAAAAAAUUCAUACAAAGGAGAAACCAUAUCAAUGCCUGGAAUGUGGAAAGAGCUUCAGUCACAGGCACAGUCUCAAUUUGCAUCAAAAAUUUCAUACAGGGGAGAAACCAUAUCAGUGCUUUGAAUGUGGAAAGAGCUUCAGGAAGGGGUCUCAGCUCUCUUCCCAUCACACAAUUCAUACAGGGGAGAAAGCUUUUCAAUGUCAUGAAUGUGGAAAGAGGUUCAGUCGAAGCGACAAUCUCACAAACCAUCAAAGAAUUCAUACAGAGGGGAAACCAAAAAGGAAAAAAAUUUAA